UUCGUUCAUGCACCGGGGCAGUUCAUUUGUCUUUAAUCUCUCGAAGCGAGCGGAUGUGUGUCGUCCGUGCUCGCGGCCAUUGUGUGAAAUAGCUGCAGGUAGAAGAAGUGGCAACGGGCCACACCGCGUGUGUACUGACCGUCUCUCUUGCUUUAACGCUUUUCCCUUUUUCCGCACCCAUCUGUCUGGAUGGGUACGUGAAGGGUGAAGCUGCGUGUUCUCUACAAUCCCGCGAGAACGAAAAGUUACGUUAGUGUGUGUAUAUUUGUGGUCGUGUUUGAAUGUGUGUGCGUGUGCGUAGCUGUCGCUGAAAAGAACAAGUUAAACAGCGUGUGUUGGUGUGACAGUAGGCUAAUUUUGUUUUUCUUUGGUGUAGUUUGAAACUGUUUGCCGAUUGGAAAUUGUGCCUGUGUAAAAUCCAUCAUCAAACCCAACAAUCAACCGUUCGGUGAAAAUAACAAAAAGAAAAGAACGAUUUUCACCACAUCGAACGUCGUGCGUGUUGCUUUUUGUCCUACCAGACAUCAAUCAAACAUUCAAAAGAGGAGUACGAGAGGAAACGUAAACGGAUUGAACUCUCUUGUGUCUAAUGCUGAGCUAAUCGAAAGACGUUCGAUUCUGCUAGAGAAACAGACCUAGAAGAUCUCGGGAUCUUCACCUCACGUCGCUCAUCUCCCUUCAUCCUUCCUCUUGAAGUGUGUGUGUGUGUGUCUGGUAAACGACUGACGACGUCCUCCAGGUGAGGACAACCUUUCCCCUAUUCCAAUGUGGACGACACACUGUCGAACCGGCCAUGUGGCCGGUGGCCGUAGCACCCAGCUGCUCCUAACCGUCGCCGUCGUACUGAUGCUCAACGUCCUGACAGUACACAGUUUAAUACACUCGCCACCGCGCAUUAUCAAGCAGCCGCCACCGGACGAGAUGCUGUUCCAGGUGGCGCAGCAGGGCGAAAGCGACAAACCCUUCCUGAUCGAGUGCGAAGCAGAAGGUGAACCGACACCCAAGUAUCGCUGGAUCAAGAACGGCAAAAAGUUCGAAUGGCAAACGUACGACGACCGGAUGUCGCAACAACCAGGGCGUGGUACACUGGUAAUUACGUCACCGCGCGAUGAGGAUCUUGGACAGUAUCAAUGUUUCGCCGAAAACGAACACGGUACCGCAACGUCGAACUCGGUGUUUGUACGCAAGGCAGAGCUGAACUCGUUCAAGGACGGUGCGCCCCAAACGGUACAGGCGGACGAGGGCAAACCGUUCAAGCUUGUAUGUCAACCACCGGACGGUUGGCCGAAGCCAAACGUGUACUGGAUGAUCCAGAACAUGGACGGCGGUAUCCGAAGCAUUAACAAUUCCCGCAUGACACUGGACCCGGAAGGUAACCUGUGGUUUUCGAACGUAACGCGCGAAGAUGAGUCGAGCGAUUUCUUCUACGCGUGUGCCGCUGCGUCCGUGUUCCGUAGCGAGUACAAAAUCGGUAACCGGGUGCUGCUCCAGGUACGACAGACCGGUAUUUCGGCAACGCAGAACCGUCACCAACCGAUGCGUCAGUACGUGUCGCGCAAGAAUGAGGUCGCACUGAAGGGCAAACAGAUCGAACUGUUCUGUAUCUAUGGCGGUACGCCACUCCCGGAAACGGUAUGGACCAAGAAUGGGCGGGCUAUCAUCUGGAACGAUAAGAUCCAGCAGGAUAAUUACGGCAAAUCGCUCAAGAUACGGCGCGUCUCGUCGGAGGAUGCGGGUACGUACACGUGCGAGGUGUCGAACGGUGUCGGCAAUGCGGAUUCGUACUCGAUCAAUCUCGCGGUGAACGCGAUACCGUACUUUACGGUCGAGCCAGAAAUUGUGAACGCCGCCGAAGGUGAAUGGGCCGAAUUCAAGUGCGAGGCAGCUGGUAAUCCGAAGCCCAACAUUAUGUGGAUCCACAACGGUAAGCAGAUUGAUCAGAGCUACGCGAACGUGCGCCGUAUCAUACGCGCGAACAGCAUCUACAUCAGCAAGCUGAAGAAGAGCGACACUGGUAACUACGGCUGUAACGCAACCAACUCGCUCGGCUACGUGUACAAGGAUGUGUAUCUGAACGUUUUGGCACUCGCGCCCGAAAUUACGGAUCCACCGAAGCGCGAAUAUACCGUCGAUCAGCGCAACGUGACGAUGACGUGCCGUGUGUUCGGUGCACCAAAACCGGAGGUCAAGUGGUUGCGAAACGAUCGUGAACUGACUGGUGGGCGCUACCAGACGAUGCCGACCGGUGAUCUGUUCAUUCGGGAUGUGAAGUUUGACGAUGCGGGCGAGUACAAGUGUUACGCGUACAACAACCUCGGCAGCAAGACUGCCUCUGGUGAGCUAAGCGUGAAGGAACGCACCGUGAUCAAUGAUCCGCCGCUGGACUACGAAGUGGUGGCGGGCACAACCGUCACAUUCCGCUGUAACGCCAUCGCCGACUCAUCGCUCGAACUGACGAUCGAGUGGCUCACGAAAGGGGAGAUAAUUGAUUUUGAAAAUCAGCCCCGGUUUAUCCGCACGUCAGACAACUCGUUGAUGAUCUCGAAAACGAUCGAGCUGGAUACGGGCACCUACACCUGUUUGGCACGUACCGAUCUGGAUGAGGUGAUGGCAAACGCGACGCUCACGGUAAUGGAUCGACCGAAUCCGCCGACAUUGAAGAGUGUCACCUGCAUGGGCAAGGUGGCAAGGAUCGAGUGGGCAUCGAACGGUGAUAACCGGUCGCCCAUCCUGAACUACAUUAUUGAAUACAACACGUCCUUUACGCCGGACACGUACGACGUACUGACGGACGAUGUGCCCGGUACGGAUUUCAUCUGGACGGUAAACACGACACCCUGGAACAACUACACCUACCGCGUGAUUGCGGUCAACAAGAUUGGCCGUUCGUUGCCGUCCGGUCACAGUGAGGUAUGCAGCACGGAAACGAGCGUACCGUACAAAAACCCGGACAAUCUCGAAGGCGAAGGUACAACACCGAACAACCUGGUCAUCAAGUGGCGCCCAUUGGCACAGGUGGAUCAUAACGCACCCGGGUUACAAUAUCGGGUUUAUUGGAAACGAGACAUACCGAGCGCUACCUGGAAUUCGGCGGAUGUGCGUGAUUGGCGUCAGUCCAGCUAUACGGUCGAGGGACUGCCCACGUUUACGCGCUACCGCGUCAUGGUGAUCGCACUGAACGAGCGGGGCGAAGCCAAUUCCGGCCCGUGGGAGGUGGAAGCGUACACGGGCGAAGAUACGCCGCUGGAUGCACCGACUAACUUUACGCUGAUACAGGUGACCGGUCCAAAAACGGCCAUCCUUAGCUGGAACCCGGUCGAUCCGGAAUCGCUGCGUGGUCACUUCAAGGGCUACAAGAUUCAAACUUGGACCGAAGCGGACGGUGAGGAGAACCUGCGCGAAAUAUUGGUCACGUCCGACUCGAAGCAGGCACUCGUGACGAACUUUAUCCCGGAUGCAACCAACUACGUGCGUGUACUCGCGUACAACGGUCGGUACAAUGGACCGGCGAGCACGGUACUGUCGUUCGAUACACCCGAAGGUGUACCGAACACGAUCGAAGCGCUCGAAGCAUACCCGCUCGGUUCGUCCGCUUUUCUGCUACGCUGGAGAAAACCGCUCCAAGCUAACGGUAAGCUUACCGGGUACCGGAUCUACUACGAGGAGAUCAAGGGCACGACGGUUGGACCGCGCAUGGAGCGCGAACCGCACAUCUCCGAUCCGGCGGUGCUGGAAGCGAAACUCGCCCGUCUGAAGCCGGCUGCCAAGUACCGCAUACACGUAGUCGCUACAACCAAGGCUGGCGAAGGUGACGACUUUUACAUCGAACGGGCAACAUCGUCUGGGCUGGGAAUGCCACCGGAUGUGCCCAACUUUUACUGGGAAAAUCUACCCACGGACAAUGGACUGGCUAACAUUAAGGUGGUGUGGCAGCCGGCCCUCGGUGGUAAGGCCGGAUCGCACUUCUACGUGAAGUAUCGCGUAAAGGACGAAUCGAGCUGGCAAACGACUGAUCCAGAGCUGUACGAAAACUAUCUCGUCGUGCACGGUAUCAAUCCGGACCAUCUUUACGAGUUCCGAGUCGUUUCGGUUGAUGGCGAAUAUCAGACAGAAUCAGGCACGCAGGAAGUUGACACUUACGGCAUCCAGAGCUCCGUGAAGGUGCCGGGCGAUAAUAUUGCGACCGCCGGUUGGUUUAUCGGCAUGAUGCUUGCGAUUGCGUUCCUUAUACUGGUGCUGAUCAUCAUCUGCAUCGUGAAGCGUAACCGGGGCGGAAAGUAUGAUGUGCAUGAUCGUGAACUGGCAAAUGGCCGCAACGAUUACACCGAGGAGGGCGGCUUCCCGGAGUACUCGCAACCUGUUUUACGUGAUUACAGUUUGGACAAUAAAAGCCAGGGCCGACAAUCGCUGAACUCGCAAAAAGUAGGACCGGAAAGUGAUACAGAUUCCAUGGCGGAAUACGGUGAAGGUGAUACAGGUGGUCAGUUUACGGAAGAUGGCUCUUUUAUUGGACAGUACGUACCGGGCAAGCCGCCAGUUAGUGCACAGUCCACGCCGCAGAAUCCAUCGCUACAGGGCGCUAAUGCUGGUAUGGCAACGUACGUCUAAGAUGCAAGUUGGAAAACAUCACGGCCACACCAUCGCCAGCCACACCACAUACCCACACACACACCCUCACCGCGAUGCGAAUUGCGUUUUAAACGGCAGCAUGUACAACGUAUCACAUCCUUCAGGAAAUGCAGCAAAUGCACUAAUGGAAGAGCAUUUUACUCUCGUCGCCUAGCUUAGCAGAACGUACCAAGCCCUGGCGGGAACGGGAGAGUAAUAUUGCGAGACGACACACUGCCGAAAACUCCCCAUCUUACAAACCAGCGCCAUCUUAGUAUCUGAUGAUGACGAAAACGAAGUUGAGGGCUGAGAUAGAAUCUCUGAAAGAGCUGCCUCCUAGACAUUAGAUUGCUAUGUUUUUUUUUCCUGAACCCCCCGACUGAGUAGAAGCGAAACGGAAAAAGCAAAUCAGAUUGUUGUCUUGCAGGACCGCAAAACUGUCGGGGGUGGAAAGCUAAAAAAGAAGUAUGAAUAUCGCCUACACAUAAAACAUACACACGAAGUUACGGAUCUCUACGCGUGUUGUGUGGAGAGAGGUUAACGUUUCGACACAAGGAAACGAUCGCGGGCAAGCUAACGGACACGUUUAAUCGUUUUUGUUUUGUUUUUGAAUUUGUUUUUAAGAAAACCGUUUUACAACGUUUGCUCUCACUUUUAGCUAAAAUAUUGACCUGAAUUCUCUUUUGGUUUACAAUUUUUUCUGUUAAAUCUUGAAUCAUCCAUGAAGCGAUAGGGAAAAACACUCUCGGACAAAUGUAACGUUGUUAAGAAAAGUUAAUACUGCCCACAUUUUCGGGUCAGUUUAACGCUAGCCUUUUAGAUAUUGCUUACGGAAUCAUACAUUCUCUUCAGCGUACGUGUACGUGCGGUAACAAAGAAAACGAAUCUCUAUAGACACCUGUUUGCUCUUUAGCCACAUCGACAACUUACACAAUGUGUCGCACAAUCUCAUUCGCAAAUGCCAGACGAGAACGGCAUUAGGUAAAUCGAAUCUUUUUUGCGUCCAUUCGUAUGUAAUCUCUAUAAUGAUUAGCUACAAGUGUGUGUGUUUUUUUAAUGUUUCACCAUUGCCUUGUUUUAAAGAGUAAAACCCCAUGAAUUAGAUUUAUUUCCGUGCCCUUGUUCACUCGACAAGUCCUGUAUGUAUGGUCAGGAAAAAGGAUCCAACUACGCAGCUUUGUCACCAUGGGCAGCAACGAACACAUACACAUUCAUACGAUUUUUCUAACCUUCACACGCUGCAGCUAACAAUGUUGUUGUUAUCUUUAUGUGUACUAUAUAUUGUGUAAUGUGUAAUUCCGCGUUGCGACUGGUGGACACUUGUGAAAGUCUCAAAGUCUCAAUCAAUUAUUAGGCGAAUUCUUCGUUUUCUCCCCGUUCAAUACAACAACAAAAUUUAUAGCCUAUUAUGUAUCAACUUUCACAGACAUAUGAUAAGGAGAUUGCCUUGAAGGCACAAUUCGCAUAGGCGUUUGUGUUUUACAGAUUUAUUUUUUUUUUACGGAAGAGAACGAAACAUUAAGAUCUGUUAAAUCCAUUACAUUGAAGCUAAAAUCAGAACCCACAAAACAGAUGAAAUAAGAGAGAGAAAUAAAGUGAGCGAGAGAGAGAGAGAAUGCGAACGAACGUGCGUAACGCAGCAUUGAAAUCCUCUGUUUAAAUUGUAGGAAUGAUUGAAAAUACAACUAUUGUUCUUCCUUUUUUAUGGCGAGAAGAAAAACAGAACGGAAUUCUUUAUUUUUAAUAUAAUUUAUAAUAAUAAAAAAAUAAGCAUUACUAGGAACCGUAUCAAAUUUUCAAUUAUCUUUUCUUCCCACAAUUGGUUGUUUGUUUUAUUUGCAUUUUAGGUUUUCUAUUUAGUUGAUCCUUUUAAGGUAAUGUUAUUAUUUCUUUUCGUUAGCUUCUAAUUUCAUUUUCUCAUAAUUUUCUAAUAGCUUCUAAUUUCAUUUUAGAUUUCAUUUUCGUCCAUCCCGAAAUAAACUGCGAUCGUUUCGUGUUUUGAGCAGCAAAGAAGCCCUCCACACAGUGUCAACAUCGUUAGUAGCAGCAAAGCUAUAAUCGUAGCAUAAUUAUGCGUACAUUAUGCUUAUACAUUAAUGCUGUGGUUGCAUAUCCUGCAGGGCAGCAAAACAAAACAAAAAAAAGCCGAAAAAACGCACAAACUAGAGACACACUGAUACGUUAUACAAACACACAGGGUCUUAGUCAAAAUAUUUAAACUAAAUGCUGCAGAAGUUGUGCGCGCGCACGUAUCGCGGACACCAAAAAUUAGUGAAAACCGAUGAAGCGCAGGACGAUGUUACGCCAUCGGAAAAUAGGGGGGAAAAUGAGGCGUGAUUCUACAUUGACACUUUACAGAAAGCGCGUAGAAGUCUACCGUUUCACUGUUCCAAAAAGAAGAAAAAAUCCACCAGCCCCCCGCUACAUGCAAUCGCUCGAGCUUUUCUUUUUGUCUUAAAUGCUACUCGCAAACGAAUUAAUGGGUUUCCGCUGAGAAAACAAAGUAAGGUUAUUAGCUCCGGAAACAAAACACAAUCCCGCAAAGAUGGAGAACGAUCAUUUUAUAUAGGGCGUUGAUGUGUGUGUGCGCGCAGUUAAACUUAUUACGUAGUAGAGCAAGAACCAUUCCGUGUUUGCUUUCUGUUAGCCAAUCGAUUCUAUGCACCACACCGAAAGCGCACCCCUAUUUUCUCCACUUUCGGGAUGUGGGUGGAUGUAUGUGUACGUGCAAAAUGCUAGAGGACACACACUGUUGCGACGAUAGACGUGUAAUUACUAUUUAGGGAGUGAAGUUAUUGCUAUUUAUUGCACCUGUGCAAGGGUUAGUGCUUUUUUGUUGGAUAAUUGUUUUCCUUUCAACUAAGUUAAGCGCAGAGAUAGAAAGAAGGAAGAAAAAACAAACAACACACAUUUACUGUUAAGUCUCGGCGAAGCAUUAAGCAUUUUAAUUAUUUUGUAGCAAAUGGUGUUCACGAGAUUAGUGGAAGAGGGAGAGUAAAAGAUGAAGAAAAAAAAAUGGUGAAAUUGUUGCAAAUACUGUGAGCUUGGUUUGGUUGCGAAUCCUUAAGAUUUGUACGCACGCGCUUUCGCUGUAAUCACACGCUCUUGGCUUUUAGUUGCUUGUCGCUAUAGUAUUUCCGUUACGAACUUAUCUGAAAAAACAGGCACAGUAAAUUUAAGGGGAAAACACAGCUCAUCCUCAACCAGAAUGCGAAUGAGCGUAUGAAAAACAAAAAAAAAAGGGAUGAUAGUGAAAACAGGAAGGAAAAUUAAAACGAAAAGUAGUAUUUAUACUAUAAGGCUUUCUAGA